AAAGAGAGAGAGAGAGAGAGAGAGAGAGAGAGAGAGAGAGAGAGAGAGAGAGAGAGAGAGAGAGAGAGAGAGAGAGAGAGAGAGAGAGGCGGGCCACACCUGUCAUGGAGGUGGGCGGAGCUUGAGAGCCAGCCGGCGAAUCAACGAGGAGUGCGGCGCGGGGCUAGAAAACCGUACCUACCUUCGUAAAUAUAUAAAGGAUGUAUAAAGGAAUCGUACUGUACUGUAGUCAUGCCCUGUCUGUGAUUCUCCCGUCUCUUCCCUGCUGCAGGAUAAUGUCUGAGGGCGGCAGUCGGGGCGACGUGGCAAUGAGGGCGGACGCGAACGUCCACAGGCCGGGGGUCACGCCGGAGGAGAUGGCGGCCGGCUACGACGAGUGGUCCGAGAACUACGAGGAGAUGAUGAUCUGGAAAGGCGGGUACCGUGGCCCCGCCAUCACGCUGGAGGAGGCGCUGCGUUGGGUACCCCCGGAGCGGCGAGCCAAGGCCAGGGUGCUGGACGUGGCCGCCGGGACGGGCUGCGUGGGCCGCGAACUCCACCGGGAAGGCUUCAGCCACUCCCACAGGCACAUAGACGCUGUGGACCCGUCGGAGGGCAUGAUGAAGCAGCGGGAGACUGGCAUCUAUACCAACGACUUCCUGGAGUUUAUCGGCAGCGGACACUCCACCGUCCCCAAAGACACAUACGACCUGGUGGUCAUCUCGGGCGGUAUGGGCGAAAGUCACAUCCCACUCAGUGGCCUCGACGACCUGGUGCGCGUCGCAAAGAACGGAGGCUUCGUGAUCAUCGUGAUGCGCCAUGAGUACCUACAGACCGUGCCUUCCUACAAGGACAAGCUGGAGCCUUACAUGGACCAGCUGGAGGCGGACGGGAAGUGGAAGAAGGUGGAGCGGCGCACCGUCCCAAACUAUUUCUGUGGCAAGGAGGGUCUCGUCUUCGUCUUCCGCAUCACUAAGCCUGAGUGAGGAGGAAGAGGAGGGAAGGGAAAGGAGAGAGAUGAGGAGGAAGAGUUAUAGUUGUGCUGUGCCAAGGCCGUCUCUGUGUAACAGCCUUGGCUUUCGUCGCGGCACCCGAGACUGAGGUGUGAAUUAUCGUGCUCUGGCAACCUGGUGUCAUGGCGUCUACGAUGUUAUAUGAUACUCUACGCAUAGAACACAUUUGUCAGUAUUAAUCAUAUUAUUGAAAUUGUCGUAAAAAUAUGUUUUAGAUUAUAAGGCUGAGGCUAUAGAAUGCUUAACCUCAGACCUUGCUAUCAUCUCCGAUUGGGAUAAAAGGAACCUUGUGUCCUUCAAUGCCUCAAAAACCCAAUUUCUCCACCUAUCAACUCGACAUAAUCUUCCAAACACCUAUCCUCUAUUCUUCAACUACACUCAGCUGUCACCUUAUAUUUCCGAGGGUAUUAAAGGAGUUAGGUGAUAUAAUCUGUGACCCACUAACCGACAUCUU